AUGACGUCUGCAGAAAGCAAACAGUUGCGCCGGCAGUUAUACAAUGAACGGCAAUCCUCCAGGCAGCUGGAAGCAGAAAAUCAACACCAGCGCUCAAUCUUGUUCUCCAAAAAACUGUCUUUCCUCUGGAGAUUCUGCAACAAGAGCACACUGCAGUGUUUACGCUGCCCGCCUGACUGGACCGAGCACGCUACACGCUGCUUCUUCAUGUCCAAGGAAGCAAAGAAGUGGGAAGAUGCUCGCAGGCAGUGUCAUGAAUUUGGGGCAGACCUGGCUGUUGUUUUGAAUGCCGAAGACCAGGCAUUCUUGACCAACAUGACGUUUCAGUUUCGACAGCAACACCCUCAAGAAAACUUUCAUUCAGCUUGGAUCGGGCUGCGGGACAUGGUGAGGGAGGGCACCUUCAGCUGGAUCAAUGGCAACAGAAUCCAGUCAGAUGUCGCUUACUGGAAGAUUCUGGAGCCAAACAAUGCCAUGGCCUCCUGGGACAAAGACCGGGCAGGACAGGACUGUGUUGCCAUUGUCCCACCGAUACAAAUUGGACAGGACCAAUGGUUAAACUCUUGGGAUGACAUUGUUUGUGGUGGCGAACGGCACUACCUGUGUGAGACCAUGGCUCUCAGUUUGUCCUGA